AUGGUAACCCUUCCUGUGAACGUAACAAAGCCACUUUGCCCUGCAAGCUUCAAAGAGCUACUACCUCACAUCGAUACUUUCAUCUUUGACGCCGACGGUGUGCUAUGGCUGGGCGACGAUGUAAUCCCUGGCUCGCCUGGGCUAAUCGACUUCCUCAUUGAAAACAACAAGCAAGUGAUUGUCCUUACGAAUAAUGCAACCAAGUCACGAGCCGUUUAUGCGAAGAAGCUAGAGAGGCUUGGAUUCAAUCGUAAGCUCGACAAGGUAAUGUGGUGGUGGCGAUCCCUCCAGCAAGCGACGAGUGGCGAGCCGGACGAGAUCGAGUGGUUCGAUGGUGGUUCGAGGAAGUUGGUAGUCGGUGGUCGAGGAUCGAGUUCGGCGUUGGGUGAUGAGAGCGACGUGGUCACUUGCGACAACAACAUCAGUCGCCCCGAUCACGUCGGUGGAGUAGAUCGUUAG